UCCAGGUCUUGGAUUUGCCCGGUGAUAAGGGGAAUUUGCAGUCAGAAAUUCUAUGGUAUUUCCGCGAAUGUGAGGUUCACGAUGCGAUGUGCAGAUAGCGAUAAACGUCGCGGCGUCCUCGUGGCCGCCACAAUUUGAUUGUCCCCGACUCCGACACGAUUGCCAGUCCGAAUCGAAGUUGCCGCUACAAAGGAAUUAUUAUUUUUAGGACGUACCACGCGUCUCACGUAAAUAACAUGUCCCGCCCGCAAGCCUGACGCUUUUAUGAGAGAUACAGAUAAAUAUGGAAAACAAGUCAAAAAGAUAUUCAACGAAUGAAAGUAAUAUAGCAGCAAAACGACUCAAAAUUUGCAAGAAAAUGUUUUGUUGGGGCAGUACUAUACAUGGAGAGUUGGGACUGGGUGGAAUUGAAGAUGAGAAUAUUUUUAUGCCUCGGCAAGUGGAUUUUGCAAAAGCUAAUGAAGUUGAACAAAUUGCAUGUGGAGAAAAUUAUACUGUAACCAUUACAAAUGAUGGGCAAGUGUAUUCUUGUGGUAAUAAUGAUUAUGGACAACUUGGUCACGAAAAGGCAAGGAAAAGAUUGCAACUGAUACCUGGCCUGGAUGCAUUUGUAUUCAAGAAAAUAGCUUGUGGCAGUUGUCAUACUUUGGCUGUGAACGAAUGGGGACAACUUUUUAGUUGGGGAUGUAAUAUGAAAGGUCAACUAGGUUUAAAUAGUGUCGAUUGUACAGAACGUACACCACGUAUGGUAAAAGCAUUGGGUACAAGCGUGAUAGUACAGAUUGCGUGUGGUAUAGAGCAUUCAAUUGCUCUGACUAAUGAUGGAGAAUUAUAUUCAUGGGGUAGUAAUAGAGAGGGACAACUAGGAAUAGGAUCCCAUACAGUUACUGAAAUAAAACCAAAAAGAAUUAUUACUUUAGCUGCUGUACCAAUUGCAUUUAUUGCAUGUGGAGGAUAUCAUACUGUAGUUAUAUCAAAAUCAGGAGUUGUAUUUGCAUGGGGUCGAAAUACUUUCGGCCAAUUGGGAUUAAAUGAUACACAACAGAGAAUUGUGCCUUGCCAAUUACGUACUUUAAGAAACGCAAAAGUAUGUUAUGCAGCGUGCGGUGAGGAGUUCUCUGUGUUUUUGACAUUGGAUGGUGGAGUGUUUACUUGUGGUGCUGGAAUGUAUGGUCAAUUAGGUCAUGGAAAUGGUAUGAACGAAAUCUUGCCGCGACAAGUUAUGGAAUUAAUGGGUAGCACGGUAACACAAAUAUCCUGUGGUAAAAGACACACACUUGCCUUAGUACCAUCUAGAGGUAGAGUUUACGCAUGGGGUCUAGGAGGUGCUGGACAAUUAGGUAAUCGCGCCUCUCGAAGUGCGACAACGCCACUAGUCGUACUGGGACCAUGGUCCUCGGCGAGCGGAUCAUCGAUGAAGUUCGACUUGUACCAUAGCCCACAAAUCGAUUGUGUCGUUAGACACAUUUUCAGCGGCGGUGAUCAUUGUUUUGCUACAAUUACCGCAAGAGAAGAUAAUAUAGAACCAGAUGACUGUAGAAUAUUAGGAUCCCAAAUUCUUACAGUGACGGAGGAAAAGCUAGCUGACUGUCAAAGGGUCCCAGCAGACUCACAAGUUAAUCAUGAAUUAAUGACUUAUCUAGAAACUGUAUUCAAAAGUCAGGCAUGUAUAAAUGCAUCUUUUUUACUUGAUAAUGAUAAGCAUUACGGUUGUUCGAGCAAAAAUCAUGGAGUCGAUCUUGACCGCGCGAUUAGAUUAUUCGGAAUUAUCUCAGAAUUGGAGAAUAAUACGAUUCAAGAAUUGAUUUUUACAUGUGUAAUUGAAAGUCUGAUGCCAUCGUUCGUCGAUUCUCCGCCCGACGUUGAGUCUUUGAGAGUGUACUUAACGUUACCAUUGUAUCAUCGCUUUGCAAAUCUAUCAAACUACAGUUCUCUACAGAUACCGUUCUGUAAAGCAGUGUUAAAACUGAAAGCGGAGGCUUACAAAGUUGUGAGCAUAUGGUGGAGCUCAUAUGCUUCGGCAUACUAUUUUGAAAGACUAGUGAGGAUUUAUAAAUCCACUGUGCUGCACAUUGUGGAGCAAUCGACAUCGAACAAGACUGUUUCGUGGAAUGAAAAUCUAAAAGCUGUUCUAGAACUGUUACAAUUACUAUAUAGAUUAAAUAUAGUAGCUGGUAUAAGAGUACCCUAUGAGACAUUUCACUUGCCAGAAUUAUCGGAACAUAUAGAUAUCAACCGCGAUUACCUCAUGUGGAUGUCGGAAGAAGAUCGGUCUUAUUAUCGUAAAAUAUACUUUUGCAAUUAUCCUUUUCUAUUUGAUGCUGAAGCAAAAACUACAUUGCUCGAAACAGAUCAAGCUAUACAGAUGCAAUCUGCAAUGCAUGAAGCAGUAUCACGGGCUGUAAGAGAUAUAAUGUUUGGUUUGGCUAGUGCAAAUCCUCAACAUUAUAAUCAAUUUGUAAUACUGAAUGUAUCACGGAAUGAUAUAGUCCAAGAUACUCUAACACAGUUAUCUCAGUAUGAUUCUAGUGAAUUGAAAAAACCACUUAGAGUUAAAUUUCACAACGAGGAAGCCGAAGAUGUAGGCGGUGUGAAAAAAGAAUUUUUCAUGCUUCUUCUGCGAGAAAUUCUCGAUCCUAAGUACGGCAUGUUUAAAGAAUACGAAGAGACAAGGACAAUCUGGUUUAGCUCGGAUUCGUUGGAGGAUGAAGUUAUGUAUUUCUUAAUCGGCCUUCUUUGUGGCUUAGCUAUUUAUAAUUUCAUAAUCAUUGACUUACCAUUCCCAUUGGCCUUGUAUAAGAAACUAUUGGGUGAAUCAGUCGGAUUAAACGACAUCAAGGAUAUGUCACCUGUAAUAGCUAAAAGUAUGCAGAGUAUUCUUGAUUACAACGAAUCAGACUUUGAAGAAGUAUUUUGUUUGAAUUUCGAGAUAACUAGAGAAGUAUUCGGCGAGCAGAAAAGUUUCGAUUUGAUACCUGGUGGUAGCAAAGUUUCUGUAACAUUAAAAAAUAAGCAACAAUAUGUGAAUCUCUACAUAGACUAUAUACUGAACAAAUCUGUGGAAUCACAGUUCAAAGCAUUUCACAAGGGUUUUCAUAAAGUGUGUGGAGGAAGAGUGUUAGAACUCUUUCAUAGUCACGAAUUGAUGGCGUUGGUAAUCGGCAAUCAAAAUUAUGAUUGGGAAGAAUUAGAGAAGAAUGCUGCUUAUAAAGAGAGUUAUACCAAAAGCGAUCCUACUAUUGUGCUUUUCUGGCAAGUUUUUCACGAAUUGCCAUUAGAAGAGAAGAAAAAAUUUUUACUUUUCUUAACAGGCAGUGACAGAAUACCUAUACAGGGUAUGAAAGCUAUUAAGAUAACGAUACAACCGAUGUCCGAUGAACGUUUCUUGCCUGCUGCGCACACAUGCUUCAAUUUACUCGACUUGCCACGUUAUCAAACACGCGAAAGAUUGAAAUAUAAGUUGCUGCAAGCUAUCCAGCAUAAUCAAGGAUUUUCGCUUGUGUGAAAACAAAAGACAUAAAUGAUAUAAAGCCUUUUUCAUGACUCAUAUAUAAUUGUACAAUUAUUAACUUUCUAUUUGCAUAUGAAAUUACAAAUUAUAAAAUUGAUAAAAAUUGAAUAUUCAUGAAAAAUAACAAGUUACUUAUUGAUGCAUAAUUGUGUUGAUGAUGCAUCAAUCUGUUGCUUUGAUUUUUUCUUCAAUGUCUAAUUAAAGAUAAUUGAAGAAAAACGGAUUCCAUAUUUUUGUUAUAGUACAUGUCUAAACUCAUCAAUCAAUAAUACAAUAUAAUAUAUCCCAGUACAUAACAAAAUCGAGAAAAUAUAUACAAAAUUAAAAUCUGGGAAACAAUUUUCUAUUGUGAUAUCGACUCGUCGAUGACUUACGAAGUAAACAAGUUUAAAAAUAAAAUAAAAUUUUUAAACCUUUUGCUCAAAUAAAAACAUUCAGCUAUUAAACCGGCACUCGGAUUUAAAUUACUGUUUUUUAUUUUAUCAAACUAUUAAUAUUAAUAGACUGUAUGAUAUAAUAGAACUGAUUAAGUUUCGUUAAAUUUGUAAAGAUUAUGUAUAAUAGAACAAUUAUGUUUUACUUGCAUACGGAAAGCCAUUAAUAUUAUAAAAGAACUUUAAUAUACAGGGUGUCCCGAAACUCAUAAUUAAUUUUUCAAAAACAGAUUCCUGGGAUCAUCUGAAGACGAUUUUUCCUCAACAAAAAUGUCGAGGCACUAAUAAUUUUCGAAUUAUUAGUGAUUAGAAAUAAGGAGUUUUUCGUAAACUAAGCUUUAUAGAAAUAAAAUUAACAAAAUCACAUUCUUCGAUUAAUUUUAAAUAAAGUUUACUUUAGUUGAAUUUUAAUUUAAGACUUAAUUGCAAAGAUAUGAUGACAAAAAUCGGGAACAUGCAAAAAAUGAUGGCCUUCGACAUUUUUGCUGAGGAAAAAUUGUCUCCAAAUGAUCCCAGGAAUCUGUCUUUGAAAGAUUGAUUAUGAGUUUUGGGACACCCUAAAUAUACCAUAUAUACGUACCGUAAUAUACCGUAUAUAUAAUUUGCUAGGAAAUUGAUAAUUUUGAAAAGAAACUUGAAAUACUAAUUUGUAAAUGUGCUUCAAUAAUGUAUUUUAGUUAAAAAGGGACACGAUACUCAGGGAAUGUCGCUUAGCAAUUUAAUGAGAAUUUUUUUAACGUAACAACCACGCUGACAAGUUUUCACAACUUUUCGAAAAUUCUAUAUUUAAUAUCAGCUUGUACGUUAUUUAUUUGAGAGUGUAUUUUCGAGCUUGUGUAUACACGUAAUAUUUUAUAUGUAUUAAAAAGAGAAGUGCAUGGAUAAUAAAAUUAGCAACUCCGAUUAUGAUGUUUGUGAUAAAAUAGUAUGCACCGCGCUGAAGGAGAAGCAUUUAUUUAUAAUCAGAAUAUAUUUUUUAAGUUUGUCUUUUGCGAUGCAUUUUUUGAUGGACAAGAUUUAGACCAUUUCAAUAAUACAGCACAUUCGAGCUGUAUUCUUUGAAAAUUCCAUAUGAAUGCAUAUGAAAUAUUUUGUAAACUGUUGAUAUUUAGAUGCGUUUCUUGUAUUAUCUAUGAAGCAAGCGAGAAAAUAAAGUUUAUCGUUAUGUAUAUCCACUUUCAUUAUAUAAAUUUCGUAAAGUUUGAUUUAUAUAUACACCGAUGUUACAUCAUAUUACAAUAUAUGAUGGUAGUUAUUGGCACUUUUAUCUAGCAUAAAUUGAUUUUUAUUUAUUCACAUCGAUAUAUUACAUUAUUAAAAAUUAUUCGUCGGUUAGUUAACGGGCAGACCAUCACGAUAAAUUACAAAGUGUAUCGCACUUCAGUAUAGAUGAUACUUCUUAAUACGUUAUCUUUCGCAUAAUUUUUCUUCGAUCGUUUAUUUCGCAAAUUUUUCUAUAUUCGUGACGUUCGUUAUUAUAUAUUCUCCGUAUCGUCAUAUUGUCUUUGGAAUAAAAGUACAAUCUCUGUCGCUAUCACUCGAAA